AUGGCGUCUUCCAAGGAUCAGAAGAAAGGUGUCGCUAAGACAUCCAAGGGCUCCAAGAAGGCCGCUUCGGCUGCCAAGGCUGUCCUCAAGGGAGUUCACUCUCACCAGAAGAGCAAGGCGCGGUACACCACCUCCUUCCACCGCCCUAAGACCCUCAAGCUCGCCCGCGCUCCCAAGUACCCCCGCAAGUCGAUCCCCCACGAGACCCGCCUCGAUGAGCACAGGGUUAUCGUCCACCCUCUCAACACCGAGAGCGCCAUGAAGAAGAUUGAGGAGAACAACACCCUCGUCUUCAUCGUCGACGUCAAGGCCAACAAGUCCCAGAUCAAACUCGCCCUCAAGAAGCUCUACGAUAUCGACACCAUCAAGAUCAACACCCUCAUCAGGCCCGAUGGUUCCAAGAAGGCGUACGCUCGGCUUACCCGCGACGUCGAUGCUCUUGACAUCGCCGCCAACAAGCUCGGUCUUGUAUAA